GUCAUGUCGAGGAAGUGCUCGGUUAGUGUACAGAUGACAGGUAAGGAGACGGUUCAACCGGUUAGUUAUCUGUCCGCCGUGACACCGACAGCUAUGGACGUAUUGAUAGCGUGUGUUUACAGUCAGCGGUGAUAGCGCCUGCUUUUAAUAGCGAUAAAGAGAAACAACCAAACUGCCGAACGGAUCAGUGACGCUUUUGUGUGAGAUGGAUGAUUUCAAAGGUUCUGACUGGACACUUAAUUCAGAUCUGAGCACAGAAUCGCUUUCAUCAUACUGUUGUUCAGCCUGUGAUGGGAGUGAGAAAGUGUUGAAGAGCCGAACUAAAGCCAGGAGUCUGUCUUCACCAAUGGCCCACAGCUCUGCUAAGUUCAGGAGGACACAAUCUCUUCAUGGACCCAGUCCGGUUACCACAUUUGGGCCCAAAGCUUGCAUGCUGAAUAACCCUAAAGCUGUCAUGCAUAUUCAAGAUCCAGCCAGUCAGAGGUUGACAUGGCAAAAGCCCCCCGAAAGUGUCCUUGUUAUAAAGAAAGUCAGGGAUCCCAGUCUGCUACAGCCUUUUAAAGAGCUCUGCAUAUUCCUGACACAGCAAAAAAAAAUGGUUGUUUACGUGGAGAGGAAAGUCCUGGAGGAUCCAGCCGUUGCCAAUGAUGAGAGCUUCAUCCCUAUCAAGAAGAACUUUUGCACCUUUACAGAAGAUUACGAUGACAUUUCCAAUUGUGUAGACUUUAUCAUUUGUUUGGGAGGAGAUGGCACACUGCUGUAUGCUUCCUCUCUCUUCCAGGAGAGUGUUCCUCCUGUCAUGGCCUUUCAUUUGGGUUCUCUGGGUUUUCUCACUCCUUUUGACUUCAGUACAUAUCAAUCUCAGGUCACACAGGUUAUUGAAGGAAAUGCUGCGAUUAUACUGCGCACUCGUCUGAAGGUUAAGGUGGUUAAAGAGUGCAGAGAGAAGAAUGGAGUAGCUGAUGAGAAAAGUUUAAUCAUCACUACAGGAGACACCGAGUCGAAUCACAAAACUAUGCAAUAUCAAGUGCUGAAUGAAGUUGUCGUGGACAGGGGUCCAUCUUCUUACCUCUCUAAUGUUGACCUGUUUCUGGAUGGUCAUCUGAUCACCACUGUUCAAGGAGAUGGUGUGAUCGUGUCCACUCCCACAGGAAGUACAGCAUAUGCCGUAGCAGCAGGUGCGUCUAUGAUCCAUCCUAAUGUUCCAGCGACUAUGAUCACACCCAUCUGCCCACACUCACUGUCCUUCAGACCCAUCAUAGUACCUGCUGGUGUUGAGCUGAAGAUCAUGCUUUCCCAAGAGGCCAGAAAUACAGCCUGGGUGUCUUUCGAUGGUAGAAGACACCAAGAAAUUGCACAUGGUGACAGUAUCACCAUCACUACAUCCUGUUUCCCUGUUCCCUCCAUCUGUUUCCGGGAUCCGAUGAAUGACUGGUUUGAGAGUUUAGCUCAAUGUUUGCACUGGAACGUUCGCAAGAAACAAAGUCAUCUGAUCUGUGAAGAGGAAGACUUCUGACAACACUCAUCUCUACUAAUAUCUCCUAAACGCACUCAGAUGUCAAACUCUGUCAUUGUGUACUUUACAUAAAAACAUGGCAAAAGCUCCAGGUUAUGAUUUACAUUUAUAUUACCUAACAGUUAUGGUACGUUUCAGACAAACUCCCAUUACUAAUCUGAGAUUACUAAGUAAAUAUGAUUGAACUGUUUCUAUACAAUUAUUACUGCAUGUGAGCGUCUGUCUGUGUGCGUGCGUGUGCGUGCGUGUGUGUGUUAUCUAAGCCAUGAUGGAUCAAGAAUAAAUCAUUGAGGUUACACUGUAUAUCAUCCCACUGUUCAAACAUUCAGAAUCAGGUAUCAGACCUAACCGUUGUGUGUGUGUGCAUUGUGACAUUUUCUGACUACUGACUACAGAUUUCCCUUACAAAUUUCCAUUACAGAACACACACACACACUUUCUCAAGGGCUAUUGUCACUAAAUGUUUAUAUACAGUAAUUUAUGCUGCAAUAUUUACUUUAAUAUAAUAUUGUAUUACUUUAUGUCUACAUAGUGACAAUACAACAAAACUAUAUAUGAUACAGUUUUAUUCAUUGUAGGCUAGUAAUGGUUCUGUAUAGUAAUCUAUGUUGGAUUGGGAGGUUUUGCAGUAUGAUAAUUCCCUGAUGUGUAAUGAGUUUAUCAUAAUGAGCAUAUACAGAUUGCAUAAUUUUUGUGCAAUUUUAAUAAUUGCAUAAUUCAAUAUUUGUAUCUUUUGUAUUUUAUUUUAUUUUAUGUUAGUAUGAUCUGGAUGUGUUCUUCAUAGAUUUUGUUAUAUUCACCCUAUAACAGAUAUCACUUAUUUCCAUUAAGAUUUUAUGUGGACAGUGUAUUGUCAGGUUUCGGGCGGUGAGGUUUCAUUGUAAAGAUUCUAGCAAUAAGUGAAUUUUGUGCCUUACUUAAUGAGGAGCGUCGAAUCAACAUCUGGGGCCUAAUUUAUAAAAUGCUGCUGUGUAGAAACCGCCCUAAACUUGAUCUUAUAAUCAUUUCUCAAAAGCGCAUAGGUGUGAUUCCUAGAACAUUCAGUAUGUACAGGAAACACACAUAUGCCUCACUUUCAGAUGUGAAAUCUAUAAAUCACAAAUGAUCUUGAAAAGAGCUGCCUAAUUAAUGUCAUUGACACAUAAAAGAGCGCCGGCCAUUGUUUAAAUCCUUUUAUUUCCAAAAACCUGCAGCUGUCUGCUCAUACCCUGACGUGGCGCUAAGCACUUUUCCACGUCAAAGACCAUUUUCGUGUGAACAUUGCCGUGGUUGUUUGCUUGCACACACUCAUAUCUGUGUGUUUGCACGCUUUAUAAAUGAGGCCCCUAAUCAUUCAGGGAAAAGAUUUUCUUAAGCUGUCAAACUCAAAUGUAUUAGAGUUGUACAUCUUAGUAAUAGUUAAUGUAGCUUAACUUGAAUAUUCAUAAAAAUGUUUUGGACUUCAGUGUUUAAAACUGUAUUGUUUGCAUUGGUGUCUUACAAGCAACCUGUUUUUACAGUGAUUUCCUAUACAGUUUUUCCAUUCCAUGUUUUUUUUAAUUUUGUAUACAAAUGUCAAUAAGGUUUCAAUGUAUUUUUGUUGAAUUAUGCUUUGUUAUUAUCAAUAAUAAUUACAGCCAGAUUUUCAAAA